GCUAACGGGGUGGGAGGGUUUUGGAUGUAGUCCCUGCUAAUAAUGUUCCUAGCCCUAGGCCGGUAAAAGGGACGGGAUAACGCGCGUGAGGGAAAGGCAGGACAAAUCUCUGCAAGGUGCCAAGGUAGAUCUAGGGAGGGCCCUGGAGGAGGGGGCCUUCAGGCUCCAUCAGAAUUCUAUUUUCAGGUACACCUGUGCAAAUGUCCCAGGUGCUUCACUUCUAUGUCCAUUCUUCCGGUCAUGAGGGAGCAGCCUCUGGGCACACUCAGAGGAAACUCAAGGGGAAGCUGACUGAGCUACAGGGUAUAGAGACAGAGCUGUGUUAUAAUGUGAACUGGACAGCUGAGUCCCUUCCAAGCCCCCAGGAGACCAAGAAGCUAGAAUGGCUCUUUGGAUGUCCCUUAGAGUCAAAUGAUGUGGCGAGGGAGUCCUGGCUUUUGCCAGGCCCCAAUGACUUACUGCUUGAGGUGGGACCCAGGUUGAGCUUUUCUAGCCCAGCAUCUACCAACAUUGUGUCUGUGUGCUGGGCAGCUGGGCUGAAUGCUGUGGAUCGAGUAGAGACAACUCGACGCUACCGGCUCACUUUUACCUCUGCCCCCUCAGCUGAAGAGAAGGCUGUUGCUUUAGCUACUAUCCAUGAUCAGAUGACAGAGCAAUGCUUCCCCGGGUCUAUCCAGAGCUUCUCUACAGGGAAUCUCCCUGCAUCCUGCAAUGGUCUCAUUGAUAUCCUGGCUGAGGGAAGAACUGCUCUGGAGAAGGCCAAUAAAGAGCUAGGUUUGGCCAUGGACUCCUGGGACCUGGACUUUUAUACCCGUUGCUUUCAGGAGCUGAAACGUAACCCCAGCAUAGUGGAGGCCUUUGACCUGGCCCAGUCCAAUAGUGAACAUAGCCGACAUUGGUUCUUCAAGGGUCGGCUUUGGGUUGAUGGACAAGAGCUGGAGCACUCGUUGUUUGAUGCCAUAAUGAGCACCCAGGCAACUUCUAAUCCCAACAAUGUCAUUAAAUUUUGUGACAACAGCAGUGCUAUCCAGGGGAAAGAAGUACAAUUCCUGUGCCCUGAGGACCCUUCCAAGCCAAGCCGUUUUCAGGAGCAGACAGGAAUAAGACAUGUCAUCUUCACAGCAGAGACUCACAAUUUCCCCACUGGUGUUGCUCCUUUCAGUGGGGCUACCACAGGAACUGGUGGCCGGAUUCGAGACAUACAGUGUACAGGCCAAGGGGCGCAUGUUGUGGCUGGCACCGCAGGCUAUUGCUUUGGCAAUCUGCACAUUCCAGGCUAUAGUUUACCCUGGGAAGAUCCAAACUUGCAGUAUCCAAGGAACUUCGCCCAUCCUCUUGAAGUUGCAGUUGAAGCAAGCAAUGGGGCCUCUGACUAUGGGAACAAGUUUGGGGAGCCAGUGCUGGCAGGCUUUGCCCGAUCCCUGGGGCUCUGUCUCCCAAAUGGGCAGCGGCGGGAGUGGAUCAAGCCAAUCAUGUUUACUGGUGGUAUUGGAUCCAUAAAUGCUGAGCAUGUGAACAAGGAAGCCCCUGAAAAAGGCAUGGAGGUUGUGAAAGUUGGGGGGCCUGUCUAUAGGAUUGGGCUUGGGGGUGGAGCUGCUUCAUCCAUCCAGGUUCAGGGGGACAAUGCUAGUGACCUGGAUUUUGGGGCAGUGCAACGGGGUGAUCCUGAGAUGGAACAGAAGAUGAACCGGGUAAUCCGGGCAUGUGUGGAGGUGCCUGGAGGGAAUCCCAUCUGCAGCCUUCAUGAUCAAGGAGCUGGUGGCAAUGGGAAUGUCCUAAAGGAACUGAGUGAUCCAGCUGGAGCCAGGAUCUAUACCAGCCGCUUUCAGUUGGGAGAUGCAACGCUGAAUGCCCUGGAAAUCUGGGGAGCUGAAUACCAGGAGUCAAAUGCCCUGCUGACAAGAUCUUCUCAUCGGGAUUUCAUGAACCAGGUCUGCUCUCGAGAACGAUGUCCUAUCUGCUAUGUUGGAACCAUAACAGGAGACGGACGGAUCGUGUUAGUAGAAGACCGGAAAUGUCUUGUGGGCAAACAGGAUCAUGGGGAUGGGCCCUCUGCUCUUACCUCAACACCUGUAGACUUGAAACUGGACUGGGUGCUAGGGAAGAUGCCCAGAAAGGAUUUCUUCCUUGAGAGAGUCCCUUGCGUCCUACAGCCCCUGGUUUUGCCCCCUGGGUUAAGUGUCCUUCAGGCUCUCGAUCGAGUCCUGCGUCUGCCUGCCGUGGCCAGCAAGCGCUAUUUAACUAACAAGGUGGACCGGUCAGUGAGUGGACUGGUGGCUCAACAGCAGUGUGUGGGGCCACUCCACACACCUCUAGCCGAUGUGGCGGUGGUAGCCUUAAGUCAUGGAGAACUGGUAGGGGCAGCUACAGCUGUAGGAGAACAGCCAGUCAAGAGCCUGCUGGACCCUAGGGCAGCUGCUCGCCUAGCUGUGGCUGAAGCCCUCACCAACCUGGUGUUUGCACAGAUCACUGAUCUACGGGAUGUGAAAUGCAGUGGAAACUGGAUGUGGCCAGCUAAGCUCCCUGGGGAUGGAGUAACUCUGGUGGAUGCCUGUGUGGCCAUGGUAGCUGUCAUGCGUGCCCUCGGGGUGGCAGUGGAUGGUGGCAAGGACUCACUUAGCAUGGCUGCUCGUGUUGGAAAUGAAACCGUGAGGGCUCCUGGAUCUCUAGUAAUUUCAGCCUAUGCUGUUUGCCCUGACAUAAUGGCCACUGUGACCCCAGACCUCAAGAACCCUGGAGGGCAAGGAUGUCUUUUAUAUGUGCCUCUGAGCCCUGGGCAGCACCGACUUGGGGGCACGGCCCUGGCUCAGUGCUUCUCUCAGCUUGGGACAGAGCCGCCCGAUUUGGAUGUUCCUGAAAACCUUGUUUGGGCCUUCAGUGUUACCCAGGGCCUGCUGAAAGACCGUCUCCUAAGUUCUGGCCAUGAUGUCAGUGAUGGUGGUCUUAUUACUUGCAUCCUGGAGAUGGCAUUUGCUGGGAAUUGUGGGAUAGAAGUGGAUCUGCCCCUUCCUGGGGCUGAUGUGCUGCCAGUGCUCUUUGCAGAGGAGCUGGGUCUGGUACUUGAGGUGCGAGAGCUUGAUGAGGCCCAGGUGCAGAAGCGAUAUCAGGAUGCUGGCCUCACCUGCCUUUCCAUAGGUCGCACAGCUGGGGAUGGCCCCCAUGCCAGGGUUCAAGUGGCAGUGAAUGGAACAGUUGUUUUGGAGGAGACAGUGGGGCAGUUACGUGCGUUAUGGGAGGAGACAAGUUUCCAGUUGGAGCGGCUGCAGGCUGAGCCAAGCUGUGUGAAUGAGGAGGAAGCUGGGUUGAGAGAGCGGAAAGGACCUCGCUACAGCUUACCACCUUUUCCUACUGAAACCUCUGUGCCCCAUGAACCUGGAGGCCCUGCCCCUCGAGUUGCCAUACUGCGUGAGGAAGGAAGCAAUGGAGAUCGAGAGAUGGCAGAUGCUUUCCACAUGGCUGGGUUUGAGGUUUGGGAUGUAACAAUGCAGGAUCUUUGCUCUGGGGCCAUUGGACUGGACACAUUUCAAGGUGUGGCCUUUGUUGGUGGCUUCAGUUACGGAGAUGUCCUUGGUUCUGCAAAAGGCUGGGCAGCAGCUGUAACAUUCAAUGUCCAUGCAAGUACAGAGUUGCAGCGCUUUCGUACUCGAACUGAUACCUUUAGCCUGGGAGUGUGUAAUGGCUGCCAGCUGUUAGCGCUGCUUGGCUGGGUUGGGAGAGACCCUAAUGAGGAUGAAAAGGACCCUACUCCUAAGAAUUCCCCCACCCAGCCUGGCCUUCUCCUUCGGUCUAACGUUUCUGGUCGCUUUGAGUCAAGAUGGGCUACAGUGCGCGUAGGGCGUGGGCCGGCCCUGAUGCUUCGAGGAAUGGAAGGUGGAGUGCUGCCAGUAUGGAGUGCCCAUGGAGAAGGUUAUAUGGCUUUCUCAUCCCCUGGACUCCAGGCUCAGCUGGAAGCAAAGGGUUUGAUCUCACUCCAUUGGGUGGAUGAUGAUGGGAACCCUACUGAUCGCUACCCUUUGAAUCCUAAUGGCUCUCCAGGCGGUGUGGCUGGUGUCUGCUCCCAGGAUGGCCGCCAUCUGGCACUCAUGCCCCACCCUGAGAGAGCUGUGCGGCCCUGGCAGUGGGCAUGGCGACCUCCCCCAUGUGACAGUCUGUCUACUUCACCUUGGCUCCAACUUUUCAUUAAUGCCCGACGCUGGUGCCAAGAAGGUUGCUGAGGACCAAAAAAAGUAUGCUUCAAUCUGCAUUCAGACUCCAUCAGUUCUUUCUGUAGAGGUGGAUAGCAUUUUUCAUAAAUC